ACACCACAAUUAGUAUCGAUAAUGCAUAUUUGACAAUAAAGUUGUACUUGACUUGAUAACUUUUGAGCGCAGUCGAUACCUAACUAAUAUUCGUGAUCCUCUAUCUUCGAUAUCAAUUGUGUGUAAUCGUCGAUACCGCACAAUGCAUAAAUUGUGUUUUGUGUUCCGCCAUUUCCGCGUUGCCUGAAAAAGGCAAAGCGAAAGUUCACUUCCGUCACUUUUUUGGGGUGGAAAAUUGCACGACUGCUUGUUGUUCCGCACCGGGAAACCAGAACGCCUCAUCAUGGCCGCAGAAGAAGUUUAUUCCUCGACGGUGGUGUCAACCCCAAACGUUGCCUGUUGCCUGGUGCCAUCACAAUGUCUGGAAAAAGCGCGCUUCAUCAUCAAGCUCUUGGAAGUGCUGCUGUCGCUGGUGGCGUUUAUUCUGGAGGAGAUGGUCUCCGUCUGCAUCAACUGCGCAGCUCUGGAGUUCUUUGAGUUUGUCAGCUGCACGUCAUUCCUCUUCACCCCCCUGCUCCUCAUCCUGCUCUACACUAAGGUGCACCACGGUUUGGGAAUCACCUGCUGGCCCAGCCUGGACUUUGUGUACACGAUGGUGAUCGCCUUCUUAUUCCUCAUCGCCUCCAUCGUGUUCGCCGCCAUCAACGGCGGCACUACUCUGGAGAAAAGUGCUGCGGCAUUUGGCUUCCUGGCCACAUUUGCGUUCAUGGCCGACCUUUUCCUGUUUUGGAGGAAGCGCGGGCUUCCCUUUCUCAAAGGGGGCCAGGCGCAGUCUACUAAUGGCAUCCCAACGGCAGAACCUGACCAGAAGGAUCCCGCAGAGACGGAGAAACUCGGCUUGGGCACCGCAGCAGCCGAAUGAUUUUGUUUUGUUUUUCUGUGCUUUAUGUGCCCCAUGAAAGGUCAAACAUUUUUACACUUUAGGAGGCGCUCUUGUCUCCGAUAGCUGGCAUGACUUCCUCUCUUUGUACUACUGAGGCCAGACACUCAGGAAAUAAUCAAUCACCUUUCCACUCAAAGGAGACAUAUUACGGAUGAUUUUUCACAAUUGAAAAGAUUCCCCAGGUGUCCCAAGAAGCUUUUAAAGUGCUGCUCGUCGUGAUUACAUUUCAUUAGGACCGCAGCAUUUCAUUUGUCGGUUGAUGUCGGGGCUUGGCACAAAUCCUGGCCAAGUACAGGUAAUUUCAUGUCAACAACACAGCUCAACGUUGCACUGGUAUUGGUAACAUGUGUUGGCUAACGCUAAUAUGUGCGAACAUUGCAGGUCUGCUUUGAUGUGGUGGUGCUUCCGCCACUGCCUCAGUGUGGUUCUUUUGGAACUUGUUUUUGCCUCGUGGGCAAGCCAUUGGCUAACUGACUCUCUCUGUCACAUUUUGUGAUGUAUUGAGAUAAAAGAUUUUCUUGGUUGAUUCAUUUUAGUCUCGAUUGCUGGGGAGACACUGCCAAUACCCAAAUAUUUGCAUAGGUACAUUAUGUAAUCAAUUGUCCGUAAUAUGUCCCCUUUAAUAUAGUUUGUAAAUAUUCUGAAGUUAGCUUGUAAGAACAGAAAGUGAUGUUAUCCCUUGUCAUUUUUUUCCUUGUGUUUUCUGUCAUAACAGUUAAACGGGAUCAUACAGUAACAAGCAAAUGAAGAUGCGUUUUGAAAAAUGUUGACCGCCAAUAAUAGGUACCGGUAAAUGGAUUCUUAUUUUUCAUGUGAUGAAAAAGUAGACAAUCAAAUGUAAGAUUUGUUUUUUCUGAUGAAAUGGCUCCACUUUGUAAUAUUGUUACUAACAGACGAU